AUGUCGAAUGUAAUAUUAUAUGUAUCAUCAGCAACAGCUAUGCUUAAAACAAAGAAGGAUCAAGUAUCUUUAAAGAAUUUAUUGGAUGCCAAAGGUAUACAAUACAUCGAGUAUGAUGUUGCCUCUGAUGUAGUACAAAGGGAACAUAUGAGGAAGGUUAGUGGGAUUACAACUCUACCUCAGGUAUGUGUCCAUCAUCAAUCAACCAAUCAAUCAAUCAAUCACCUAAUAUCUUUCCUUUUU